UGAGUGAGAGGGAGAGACCGGGACACAGACCCCCACCGGUGGCUUCUCACAAACUGAUGUCAAUUCUCUUUUAGGAACUUCCGGGUCUUGGGGACCUGAGAACCGCAGUCUGUGCGUGAGUCAGGCGGAUCUCAGGCUCGUCCCUGUGUUUGAUCCGUUCUCCGCCGUUUGAAGAUUUACUGAAAGUUUGAACCACAUCCAGCAAACCGUGAGGAAGACUGCGGUAGGUCACGAUGAGUCAGUGCCUGAAUUUUGUUUGCAGCUCAGUUUUGGUUAGGCUGGAUGUGUGACUCACUAAACUCAGCGUCAGGAUGGCUUGGUUCUUCAGGCGGUUUCUCGGCUUGAGGAGUAAGCAGCCUCCCAGCCCCAGGAUGGGGACUUUCUCUGACCGUCACUAUAAUUCCUUUGUUCCCUCAUCCUCGUCACAUGCCCUAAGCAGCAGUGUCCGAUGGAGCAAGGCAUUUGAUGUGUGCAUCUGUCAUGCUGAGGAAGACAUAAACUACGCAAGCGACCUGGUAUCCUUCCUGGAGCUAAAGCCAGACCCACUUCGCUGCUUCUUGCAGCUGAGGGACUCGAUCCCAGGGAAUGCGAUCUCCACGGAGCUCUACCAAGCUGUCAGGAACAGCCACUGCUGGGUGCUGAUCAUCACGCCCAGCUUCCUUAAGGACCACUGGUGCCGGUACCAGAUGCAGCAAGCAUUGUCGGAGUCGCCAGGAUCCAACGGACGGAUCAUCCCUGUGCGGAAGCAGCUGGAGCACAAGGAUUACCCAGAGGAGCUGCGAUUCCUCUACAUGAUCAAUGUUCAGCUGGACAAGAAAAACGGGUUUGAAAAGAUUCAUAGUGCAGUGAUUUACUAUCUUGGGGAGCUCUGUCAGAGUGAGCAGGCUGGACACAGCCCCUUCUCUGACAGUCACAGCGCCUGCAGUGAUGUACCACCUGAUGUGGCGACUGUUAGCAACACAUUCAAGUCCACGAGUUUAACAUAACGAGCAGAAUGAUUGGAGCUUUCAUUGAAUAAUUGAAGUGAUUCAGAAGCAGCAAAUCAGACACAUUUAUCUGCCAAGAAGAUUGGACAUUAAACUGGAGAUGUUCUCAUGCAGUCUACAGUGACAUAUGAUGAUGAUGAUAAUAAUAAUCCUUGCAUUUGAUAUAGUAACUUAUCA